AUGACCCAUACUAAAGAUAAAAUUCGAAAACAAUUCGAUUUAAAGGAGCCAUUAAACACGUCGAAUUACGAAAAGGAAGAUAAACCUUUUGAUCAUAACGAAAAGGAUGUUGGAUCCAGUGUUAGAGAUAAGCCAAUCUAUAUAUCAAAGCCAACGACAGCAGAAUCAUUAAUUAGAAAGUACGUUUAUGAAGGGGAUGACGAAACCAGAUCUUGCGUAACUUCCCGUCACCGACAUCGAAAGAUUUUAAAUAAAAGUCAGCAACAUCGAAAGAUUACAAAGAAAAAUGACGAUCCCUUGCUUUUGCGAACUCGAAAAAAAGCUGUUAAAAAAAUUAAAAAAAGAAUUAUCAAUAGGAAAAUUUUUUUUUGUGAUGAAUCAGGUUGUGGAAGAAGUUACGUGAAAGCUCAAAGUUUGCUUAUUCAUAAAAGAUCACAUACUGGGGAGAAACCGUACGUCUGUACCAUAAAGGAUUGCGGAAAGAGGUACAGUCGCGUGGAUUCUUUGAAAGAUCAUGUCAUGACACAUGAUGGAAAACUUUUUAUUUGUGGUAUACCAGGUUGUGACAAAAGUUAUUUUUAUUCUUCUCAUUAUUUAAGACACAAGAAAGUACAUGUUACGGAGAAUGUUCAAGGAAAGAUUGUGAAGCAUAAGUGUCUCGUUCCUAAUUGUGGAAAAGAAUAUGUAUUUGCCAAAGGUUUGAAAAAACACAUGUAUAUUCAUUCGACAGAAAGGUUCGAAUGCGAUCAUCCAGGAUGUGCAAGGCAAUUCACAUAUCCCAAAGAAUUUAAAAGACAUAAGAAGACUCAUAAUUAA